AUGUCACGACCCCACCGCCGACCACCGCAGUCCUCAGCCAAUGAAGCAUACCGCCGCGCGCUACUACUUCCUGUCCAGCCAUGGAAAAAGGAAUGGGUAACACCCGUAGGAGGCAGCCCGGGAUUGAAGCUGAUGAAAUGGGUAAAGAGUGAUGAGAAGCUUCAAUGGAGUGAUGACGAAGAUGACACUGCCCUAGAACAAGCGCUCGGAGCUGCAGCGGAUCAUGGCGUGGCUGGGGAAGGGGCGGAUGAAGCCGGCUCAUCAGAAGACGAGGAGUCGCGCGAACCUGACGAGGGUGACUCGACGCCCAUCGAUGGUGGUAGCUUUCCCGCCUCAGGGAUACAGACUCCUAAGGAAAUUAGGCCCCAUCCCCUGAGGAAAGAGCUAAAGCCAGAAACGGAGGAGGAAGAGGAGGAGGAAGGUGAGGAGCCGGAGGAAGGGGAAGAAGCAGAGGCGGACGACGAGGAAGAGCCUGAAAAGGAUGAGAAGCAGGGUGCAGAGGUAGAGGAAGGCGAAGAAGGCGAAGGGGAGGAAGACGCGGAUCUGAACGUCCCUCAGACUGACGGCGACUAUGACGCCACCUCUGGGCCCGGGUUCCCCCACGAAGAAGGCACAGACGACAUGAUGGGUGAAGGCUACGACGGACAGCCGUAUGGGCAUAUGACGCUUGAGCAAAUUGCGGAGGUGGGAUUGAUGGAGGGUGAGGAGGUCGUCAACCACGAAGGGGGGAUCGAGGAGGCGUCAGGGCAACAACCGUUAGGACUCGUGAACGCCGAUAAUCCGGAUGAGUCGUACGUGUAG